AUGGUAACUUUCUUGACUGCUAAAUUACUAAAUCUGAUUUGUCUAACUUAUAGCGACUCUGGAGGAGAUCCUUCAAAUGGCAGGGCAGCGGUGGCAUUGUCUUUGGGCGGACCUACACCUGUACCAGUUUCAACCACUUCGAAUACGUCGUCCACCACUGGUAACAGAGAGUGCGCCGGUUGUGGAAAAAGAAUCACAGAGAGAUUUUUAUUAAAGGCCUUGGACAUGUUUUGGCACGAAGAUUGUCUGAAAUGCGGAUGCUGUGACUGUAGGUUAGGAGAAGUUGGGUCCACCCUGUAUACUAAGGCGAAUCUAAUUUUGUGUAAAAGGGAUUAUCUUAGGUUAUUUGGAACCACUGGAUAUUGUGCGGCUUGUAACAAAGUCAUACCGGCCUUUGAAAUGGUAAUGCGGGCUAAAAAUAACGUAUAUCAUUUGGAAUGUUUUGCUUGUCAACAAUGCAAUCAUAGGUUUUGCGUUGGAGACAGAUUCUACUUAUGCGAAAACAAAAUUUUAUGUGAAUACGAUUAUGAAGAAAGACUGGUGUUCGCAAACAUGGCCUACAAUCCAAGCAGUUUAGCUCACAUUAGAAGGCAAGUCAGUAAUUUACAGCAAACAUUCCCAACUCUGGGAAUUUUUUCGUUUGAUUUGAAAACACUGACCGUGGUUGGAUUUUCUUUCCAGCCGUCAGGAGGCGGUCUAACGGACCAAUCAUGUUACAGCGCGACGAGUACGGCAACAAUGUACGGGUACUCGCAACCGCUCACUAGCGCCGCCGCCUCAGCGCCAGUUGGAAAAGGGGCUGCCGCUGCCCCCAGGGACGGCACUGCUCAACGCGACGACGGGUCCAGCGGCUACGGCAGUCCCGACAGCGAGAUCUUCGACCCGCCCGCUCCGAUCCACUGA